GCUCCAAGGCUUGCCUUUGCCUUUGCCUUCCAUAUUCUCUUGUCACCCUCUCAUCAAAUUCUCUCGCCCUCCCUCCCCUCCCCUAUUCACACCUUUCAAUCUUCGUCGGGAGAGCUUAUAAGCAAAGUGUGAAAGAACAACAAGUCAUGGCGCAGCGCGCCCACGCUAUCGCUUUGCUUGCAUUGGUGGCGAUCCUUGCGAUUGCCAACGCCGAGGAUCCUUACAUUUUCUUCGACUGGAAGAUUACCUACGGUACUCUUUCGCCGUUGGGUGUCCCUCAACAAGUCAUCCUCAUCAACGGCGAGUUCCCUGGCCCCAACAUCAACUCCACCACCAACAACAAUGUUGUCAUCAACAUCUUCAACGAUCUCAAAGAACCCUUCCUUCUCUCAUGGAACGGCGUUCAGCAAAGGAAGAACUCGUGGCAAGACGGAGUCCCGGGAACCAACUGCCCAAUCCAGCCCGGCACAAAUGUGACCUACCACUUCCAGGUAAAAGAUCAGAUCGGAAGCUUCUUCCUAUCUUACCACCUCCCAUCGGCAUGCAGAAGGGCUGCCGAGGCUUCGAGCGGCCUCCGACAUCAAGCACCCUGUGCUCCUCAUCCCCGGUCCCCAUUCGACGGCCCAGCCGAUGACUACACCGUCAUCAUUGGCGACUGGUACACAAAGAGCCACGACUCGCUCGCCAGUAUCCUCGACAAGGGCCGCAGCAUCGCCAAACCUGCAGGCAUCCUGAUCAACGGCAAGUCCGGCAAGGACGACAAGAACCCCCUCUUCACUAUGGAAGCCGGCAAAACAUACCGAUACCGUAUCUGCAACGUCGGUAUAAAAACCUCUCUCAAUUUCAGGAUUCAGGGACAUUCCAUGAUUCUGGUCGAAAUGGACGGGUCUCACACCGUCCAGAACGCAUACGAAUCCCUGGACGUUCACGUCGGCCAAUGCCUGUCAGUUCUGGUGAAGGCCGAGCAGAAACCGAUGGACUAUUACAUGGUCGCAUCGACACGGUUCGUGAAAUACGAUCUCUCCGCUACUGGCAUUAUCCGUUACGCGGGUUCCAACACCCCUCCGUCGACAGAGCUCCCCAAGGCUCCCAACGGCUGGGAAUGGUCGUGCGGUCGUUCCGCUGGCAACCUAACAGCAAGCGCCGCGCCGGUCCCAACCCACAAGGUUCAUACCAACAUACGGGCCAUUCAACAUACGAGAACGAUGCGAGAGGAUGAGGCGCCUAAGGCCGGGGGAGGAGAGAUUACUGCGAUUGCUCCCAAUGUUUUGAAUGCUGAGCAUCGGACUUACAUCGAGAUCAUCAUUGAGAAUGCUGAGAGGAGCCCCAACUUCUUUCACUUGGAUGGUUACUCUUUCUUUGCCGUUGGGAUGGGAGGAGGAACCUGGGCACCGGAGAAGAGGAGCACCUACAAUCUCCUCGACGCGGUGAGCAGGCACACGAUACAGGUGUACCCGAAAUCAUGGACGGCGAUCAUGACCUCCUUCGACAAUGUUGGCAUGUGGAACUUCCGGUCUGAGCUCUGGGAGCGGCGCUACCUUGGCCAGCAGAUGUACAUCAGUGUCCUCAACACUGCACGAUCCCUGAGGGAUGAGUACAACAUGCUCCCUGAGACGUUGCUCUGCGGCUCCGUCGCUGGUCUCCCCAUUCCGGCUCCUUACACUUAAAUAAAAUUUGCUUAUGGUGAUUUUUAUGUAUUUACCUUCUUCUUUGUUGAGUUUAUAAAAGAGAGGCGGAAGGAAAAGGAUUGCUGUGUGAGUGAGGAUUGAAUGGAGGGAUUGGAGAGGGGAGGGGAGAGAUGAGAUGGAGGUAUUUAUUUAUAGAGGAACCAAUAAAUGGCUUCUAGCUAUAACAUGUUUGGUAUUUUUUUAUUUUAUUUUUUUUAACUUGUUGGUGUUGUAUCAAAUGUUAUAUUGAUUUUAUUGGAAUUUAUUUGUAGUUGUUUUACACAA